AUGUAUUUUGCCAUCCAGGCUAUUCUUUCCUUGUAUGCCAGUGGUCGUACUACAGCGGGGGGAUUCCAAGUUGAUCCUUUGAUCGAGCAAGUAACGUAUGGUCACGAUGGAGCCGAGCCACCGCUGCUGACAGCGGAGCAUCGCUUCUCUCUGUUCAAGAAGCGGUUCAAGAAAUCGUACGUGUCUCAGGAGGAGCACGGUUACAGGUUCAAGGUUUUCCAGUAUAACCUGAGACGAGCGGCGCGUCAUCAGAAGCUUGACCCAUCUGCGAUUCACGGGGUGACUCAGUUCUCCGAUUUGACUCUAGGAGAGUUCAGGAAGGCGUAUUUGGGAUUAAGGAGAUUGAGAUUGCCUAAAGAUGCGACCGAGGCACCGAUUUUGCCUAUUGAUAAUUUGCCUGAAGAUUUCGACAGGAGAGAAAAAGGAGCUGUUUCAUCCGUAAAAAACCAGGGUUCAUACAGAUCAUGCUGGUCUUUUAGUACAACAGGAGCCUUGGAAGGUGCUAACUUUUUGGCAACCGGAAAACUUGUGAGCCUCAGCGAACAAAAGCUAAUCGACUGCGAUCAUGAGUGUGAUCCAGAAGAGAAAGGUUCAUGUGAUUCUGGAUGCAAAGGUGGGCUAAUGAACAGUGCUUUUGAGUAUACCCUCAAAGCUGAUGGACAAGUCAUUACUAUCGGAGCUAAGAGAUUCCGUUUUCCUGAAGUCCUCUUCCAACCAUCUUCCAUAGGGAUGGAAGCAGCUGGAAUCCAUGAACCUACCUACAACUCUAUCAUGAAGUGUGAUGUAGAUAUCAGGAAGGAUCUCUAUGGUAACAUUGUUCUUAAUGGUGGUUCAACUAUGUUCCCUGGUAUUGCAGACCGUAUGAGCAAGGAGAUCACUGCCCUUGCUCCAAGCAAUAUGAAGCAGAAGGUUUACGUGCAGGGAGGAAGAAGAAUUGUUGGUAGUUAA